UCGUUCGUUUCGCGUGUGUGUCGUUUAUUUAUCAUUUUCGAUAUUUUCUACACUUUUGUCUGCUUUUCGUAAGUUCUUCUUGUCUCUGGUGGUGUGCAGGUUUAGAUUAUUCGGCACGGGUUUAGAGAACAAAGAAACCCGAGCAGCUGUGUCCCAUCCCACAACACAAUUAGCCCGAGUCCACCGAGUUUCCAAACACCGCGCCGCGAGUGCACCCCGUCAGCAACAGAAGUCACAUUUUCUGGCCCCGCGCCGCGAAAAGCGUCGCACCGCGGCGACACACCACCCUCGCGCCGCGAUGGCCCCCCGUCUCGGACAGAAGCCUCUUUCUCUGGCACCACGCCGCGGCAGGAAUCGUGCCGCGGAGAAACAUCACCAACACGCCGCGAGGGUGCCGCGUCCCGAACUGCAGCUCAGCUCUUCCCAGGCGUUGCGCCGCGGCAUGCAUCACGCCGCGGCAAACUCCUCUACCACGCCC